UUUUGGUUCAUACACGUUCUAAUUGAUUGAUAUAGACUCUACUAAAGAACUCACAAGACUGAAUUCUACCUCUUUGAGGAUUUGAUUUUCCUUUUUGAGUGAUUAACGGUGAGGUUUGCUAAUUUUCCUUUUCGAGUGUUGAGUGUUUGUUUUGCAGGUUUUUGAAAAAAAGAAAAAAAUGUCUAGAGUUGGUCAAGCUGAUGAUGACCAUAAUGAUGUCCAUGAUAAAUUUAAAAUGAUCCAACAACAGUUAGACGAAUGGGCUGCCAUACUUCGAACAUUGAGUGCUACUAUCAAUGAGAUGCAAGUGGAGAAAAGAGCCCAACGAGGACAACUUAACUCAAGUGAAAGGGCAGAAAUAAGGGUGCCAAGAAGACGAACAUCCAACGAAUAUUCGAGAAGAGAUUCAUAUCAUGACUCCUAUUCAAUGAGGAAUUCAAGACGAUGCAAAGUUCCCGAAAUACCUAAAGAUAACUUUCAACUUCAAUACCUCUCAAAUGAAAGAUGCUUUCAUACGAUCAACAUAGGCAAAGAUGAAAUCACACUACAUGAGCCCAAAGGUAAGCGAGGUAAGGAAAUUUUAGCAACCGAGUCCCGUGCAGUUUUGAAAAUUAUUGAUAAAACUUUUGGUGACUUAUUUCUUAAAAGAUCCCAUCAUUUUGAUCCGAUUAAUUGUUAUUCUUUGAUAGUGGUUGAUAAAGUCAUUACGAAAGGAAGCGUGAGUUGUUAUUCUCUUAUUUACCAAGUGUAAAAUCCGCGAAUUUAUGCAAAUUUAUUUUGGUGAAUAAAAAAAGUUUUGAAUAUAUGUUGGUAUGUAUGCGAAAAUCCUCAUGGUUUAACUUGAUUGGUUUAAUGAAAUCUUUGUUACACUCGGCAUGACUAAUCAAAAUCAAGUUUUU